AUGGCGCGGCCGUCCAAGGAUUCCGGUGCGCGGCUGGCUUGUCGCCAGAUGGGCGCUAUCUUGAAGAAAAACGCUUUGCUGAAGAUGGCUGAUUGGCGGCAAACGCUAGCCGAGGUGACCAUCCCUGCACUCUUCAUGUUGCUUCUGGUGUGGAUCAAGUCCUUGACGACUGUGUACGACAGCCCCGCCACAAAUUACACCUGCGGCCAGACCAUACCGUGGCAGUACGAAGAGAGUCUAGACCCGGCGACGAUGCUUCAGUCUCCUCUGUUCAAAUGCCUCCAGAAGCCGCCUGGGUGUACAGCCGAAAACUACUAUCGGGAUGAGGGCGGCUAUUUUGAGGAGAUGGGGCUUAUUGGGCUAUUCCCGACGGUGGGCUACAUGGACAGCGGCGAUGGUUUUCCUUGGUACGGCUUCACCGUCGGGGACAAUUCAGAAGCCUUCGAUGACUUCAGACACAUGACCGGCGUGAAGGCGAAUAACCCUUCCCAAGAUCUUGACACCUUGGCGUCGCGCCUCCGCAACAGCGGGCCGAGGACCGUGAUUGCCGUGGCACCGGCAUUCGAACAGAGACAGGGGGGGAUGGAUGUUUUUUCCGACGACAAAAUACCGUCGUCGAGGGGGGAUGUUGCUUCCCUGAACAGCGGCGAAGGUGGCGGUGGCGAGGCGAAGAGGGGGUCCGCCGAUGGUGGUGGCAUGGGGGCCGGGGCGGAGAUGCUGGCAGCCGAAGAAUUUUCAUCAUGGUUGAUCGAUGAACUUGGCGGGGAUGAGGGGGAAUUGGCGGACGUGGUGCAAUUGUUUUCGUCGGAACAGGCAUUGAUUGACUACGUUCGAAGUGCUGACUAUGACAGGGGUUCGGAUUUCCCGUCCCCCAACGAAGCUGAGAGGUCUAACGCUGCGGACAGCAGUAUUGGCGUUACAGGUUACGGAGGUAUGUCUGGGGGGCAGCUUAGCCAGGAGGUGGGACUCAGGAAACACCCACACAAGGUGGGUAUGGCUAUUAUCUUCAACAAGGCACCUUUGGAAGGAGAGGUGCCCAAGUGGGACUACACACUGAGACUGAACUACACGUACGGAGUGUCUCAACUCCAGGACCAGGUGACAACGUCUGCCCUGGAGCGCCCCCCUACGUCUGAUCACAUGUGGGGUUAUUCGUACAGCGGAUUCCUGUCCCUGCAGAAAAGCGUCGACGAAUUUAUCCUCUCGAAGGCCGCGGGGGAACGCAUGUACCUGAACGUCUCCAUGGGACUCUUCCCGGAACAGGCGUAUCUCACGGACCAGUUCCAAGAGAUCAUCGCCAGCACGUUAGGCAUCUUCUACAUGCUCGCCUUUCUCUACCCCGUGUCUCGAGCGGUCAGGGUGCUGGUGAGCGAAAAGGAGGGCCGGAUGAAGGAGGCUCUAAAAAUGAUGGGACUCCCAGACCUGAUCUACCACGGUUCUUGGCUCGUGACUUUCCAGGUGCAGUGGGUUGUGACGAACGUGCUCAUCAUGCUCGUCGUGAGGACCUCCGUUUUCCGCUACAGCAACCAUUGGCUGGUUUUCUUGUGGCUGGAAGCCGUGGCGUUGUCUGUCAUGGCGUUUUGCUUCUUGAUGUCAACGUUUUUCUCGAGAUCGAAGACGGCGGCGACGCUGGGCAGCCUCGUCUUCUUCGCCGCGUUUUUCCCGUACUACUACGUCGGCGACAAGGCUUUGUCCGGCGUCAAGACCAAGACGUGGGCCUCUCUCCUGGCCCCAACGUGUCUGGCCCUGGGGAGCGAUACGUUCGCCGCGUUCGAGGGAGGUCUCGUGGGUGUCCAGCUGUCCAACAUGACCCAGAGCUACGAGGACCACCUGCCGUACGUUUCCAUGGUGGCCAUGCUACUCGCCGAUUCUGCGAUCUACUUCCUCCUAGCCUGGUACCUGGACAAGGUCAUCCCGUCCGAAUUCGGGACACCUCUUCCUUGGCACUUCCCUGUGUCGGGCCCCCUUGCGGCGCGGCGACGGCGACGGGCCAAGCAGGCGCCGUCACCGCAGGAGACACGUGGAACUGUUGACGCGGGUAUCACGGGAGCUGGCCGAGGACUGGCUGACAGAUUGAGACUCGGCAAACGGAGAUGGGGGGGCAUUGUGCGCGGCAGUGGCAGGAGCACCGGCGACAAUGACCUCAGGGCGUCUCUCCUGUCGGGAUCGUCGCCGCAACCUAGGGUCGCGAGGGAGAGAGUACCAUCGUCGGGUCUGAACGGGGUGAUGGCGUAUGACCAUACCGACGAGGAGGGAGGUCCCAAGGUCGAGCCGGUAGGGCCGCAGCUGUCCCGGCAGGUUGCGGAGGGCAGGACUGUGAGCACGAGAGGGCUGGUGAAGGUUUACGGCAACGGGAAGAAAGCAGUGAAAGGGCUCGACCUUGAUUUGUACGAGGGGCAGAUCUCCGUGCUGCUGGGGCACAACGGGGCGGGAAAGAGCACGGCAAUCUCCAUGAUAACGGGAACGCUGCCGCCCACGAGGGGGGAGGCCUACCUCCGGGGGCGGAAGCUCACCAGCGAUUUGGUGGGGAUCCGCCGGUCCCUUGGGGUUUGCUUUCAGCAGAACACGCUGUUUGACCAGCUCACGGUGUUCCAGCACCUGCAGCUCUUCGCCGUCGUCAAGGGAGUCAGAGCUAGGGAUGUCGAUGACGAAGCCGCCCGGAUGGUUUCUGAAGUUGGGCUCAUGGAGAAGAAGGAUACCCCUGCGUCUGCACUCUCCGGCGGCCAAAAGAGAAAGCUGUCAGUGGCUCUGGCGUUUAUCGGCGGCUCUGAAGUCAUCGUUCUGGACGAGCCUACCUCGGGCAUGGACCCGUUCAGCCGCCGUUCUACUUGGAGUGUUCUCCAACGGCAGCGGAAAGGUCGGGUGAUAUUGCUGACUACACACUUCAUGGACGAGGCGGACACCCUGGGAGACAGAAUCGCCAUCAUGGCGGAGGGGGAGUUGCGGUGCAUGGGCUCCAGCUUGUUCCUUAAGGGGCUGUACGGUGUGGGCUACACCCUGACUGUCAUCAAGGCGGACGAAGGUGACGGCGGAGGCGGCGGUGGUGGGGAUGCCUGGGAGGGGCAAUCGCCCCCCCCUGGACGCCUCAUGGUGGCGGCAAAGGACGGAAAGGACGCCUUGGAAGCGCUCGUCCUGCGCUUCGUCCCCGAGGCGUUGACGGUAAGCAAGGUCGGCAAGGAGAGAAACUACCGCCUUCCUUUCGCCUCUUCCUCAAACUUCGUGGACAUGUUCCGCGAGAUUGACUUCAGGAAAGAACAGCUUGGUGUUGCCGGGUACGGUGUUAGCGUCACCACCCUAGAAGAGGUGUUUCUGAGGGUAGGUCAUGGGGCAGAGAUGUCUUUGCCGAGCAGUGACUCCGGCUUGGGCAACACGGCGAUUUCGUCUCCUACGCGGCCAUCGGUGGAGCUGUCCCCUGACCCUUGCCCGGGAACGCCGUCUAGCACUAGCAGCGUCAGUGGAAGCAGCUACAACUCGAGUUACCCUCGACCAGGGGGGCGUGAGGGUGCGUCAGGCGCGAGAACGAGCGGGAGGCAAGAGAGAGGAGAAUCGGGGGCUGGCGGGGCGGUUGGCGCCGGGUGGAGGGAGCAGGAAGAUCGAGAAGGACACAGACACGCCGCGGACACGGAACCUUUACUUGCAGAUCGCGAUGACUUGACGGAGGCAGAAGAUUGGCCAUCAUCAGACGUCGACACCAGCAGGAAGCGCGAGUUCGGGAGCGCUGCUGCGGAGGACCGCGACCGUGCCUCUAGAGGGAUGUUCUGGGUGCACUUCAAGGCACUCGUGGCGAAACGCACGACGUACGGGAUGCGAGACAAGAAGAGCCAAUUCUUCCAGCUGAUCGUGCCGACGCUGCUUUUCUUGCUCGGUCUCCUCCUUCUCAGGAGCAGUCGAAGCAUGUUCGAUCAGCCGUCACUGCUUCUUUCCCCGGCCACCAAUUUCAACCCCGGGAAGCCUUCUAGAGUACGAAACCCGGUACCGAUGGACGCCCCGGAAGACCCCGAAUCGCUCGCGCGACAAGUAGCAGACCGUUUCGACGGUAUUUCUGUGGAGGGGACCUCCGUUUUACUCCCACCCGGAGAAGGCCCGUCACUGGAAGAUCAGUUUGGGGGGUGCGCACAGGGAGCGUCGCCCUUGGUGUACAUGAGUGACUUCUUGCUGCAAGGGGCGGGUGCGGACGAGCAAGGGGCAUCUAGGUACGGUGCGAUCGUCCUGGACAACUCUUCUUGCCUACCCACGAUGACACCACGGCAGCGGUUAGGCUUGGAAGAAGACCGCUACCUACACGGGCUUUUCCAGAACCACAGCACUAACCACAGCGAUGGCUCGCUGGCAUACGGCGUCCUUAUAAACGCUUCCGCUGUACACGCAGCUCCCAUCUUCGUGAACCUCGUUAAUUCCGCCGCACUUCAGGCGGUCGUUGCUGAUGGCGGUGACACUGAAGGGCGUGAGGGGGUUGCGGUAGGUGGAGAGAGGAGCAACGCAGGUGAGGAGAAAACUGCUGCUGCCGCCGCCGCCGCCGCCACCGCCGACACCGCCUUGCCGAGCAUUACCAUCAGGAGCAGUCCGUUGCCGCGGACUAGAGGGGAAGAGCUGGCUCGUCAGACUAUCGACGGGUUCACCACGGCCAUCAUGGUGGUGAUUUCCAUAUGCUUCCUACCAGCCUCAUACGCCAUCUUCGUGGUGAAGGAGAGGGCAGUGAAGGCUAAACACCAGCAGAUCAUCUCCGGAGUAGGGAUCGCAGCCUACUGGUCGAGCACGUUCGUGUUUGAUGUGGUGACCUAUCUCAUCCCUUGCUCCGUAUUCCUGGGCCUCCUCUACGCCUUCGAUAUCGAGAGUUAUACCACUAACGAGUCUGCCAGCGCUACGGCUCUCCUCUUCCUGCUCUACGGUCCAGCUGUUGCACCUUUCACGUACUGCAUCAGCUUCUUCUUCAAGUCGGCGUCCUCUGCCCAAAACAUGGUCCUGUUCAUUAACUUCGUGACCGGUCUGGCUCUAAUGGUGACAUCCUUCGUGCUCAACCUGGUCGAGAGCACGAGGGAUAUCAACGCCAGCUUGAAGUGGAUCUACCGACUUUUCCCAGGGUUUUGUCUGGGGGACGGGUUGGCGCAGCUGGUUCUCUGCAAAAAUGGCAAGACGUGUGUGGAUGUGCUUAGCCUGGGGAGAGAUCGCGUGCCGAAGGAGCUGACCCCGUUCUCGGCGAUCAUCACGGGAGCGGACAUCGCAUGUUUAAUGGCUUCCUGCGUGGAGGAUGACGAGGAUGUGGCGGCGGAGGCUAGGCGGGUGGAAGAGAUGGAAGGCGUGCUGAGGGACGGGGAAGGGGGUGGUGAGGUGAUCCUUAACAACCUGCGGAAGGUCUACAGGACCAAGCAGGGACCCAAGGUGGCAGUGCAGGGGCUCAGCUUCUCUGUGGCGAGGGGCGACUGCUUCGGAUUCCUCGGAAUCAACGGUGCAGGAAAAAGCACAACGCUCGGCAUCCUCUCCGGAGACAUCUGUCCCACUCGUGGGAAGGCAUCCAUCGCAGGCCACGACAUUCUCACGGAGCAGAACCAACUCCGUCGGUAUAUCGGCUACUGCCCUCAAGAUGACGCCUUGCUGGAUCUUCUGACGGUGGAGGAGCACUUGCUUCUGUACGCGCGGAUCAAGGGUGUCAACGAGAACCGGAUAGGGCAUGUGGCCGGCGAGAAGAUGCAGCAGAUGGACCUGACGUCGUUCCGCGAGACGAAGGCGUUCGAGCUUAGUGGAGGAAACAAGCGCAAGCUUUCGGUGGCAAUCGCCAUGAUUGGAGACCCCAGGGUCGUGUUCUUGGAUGAGCCAUCUACGGGAAUGGACCCUAUCGCGAGACGAUUCAUGUGGGACAUCAUCAGCCGGAUGACCACCACCGACAGAGAGUGCUCCGUGAUUCUGACGACACAUAGCAUGGAGGAAGCCGAAAGUCUAUGCAACAACAUCGGCAUCAUGGUGAAUGGGCGGCUGCGAUGUCUCGGGUCCACACAGCACCUCAAGCACCGGUUCGGGAGCGGCUUCGAAGCCGACAUGAAGUUGCAGCCACCGUCGACGUCUGCGGCCACAGAGGUCAUGCAGCUCUUGAUGGCGCAUGGCGUCGCAAACAUAAUUGGUGACGAUAUCGACAGCUCGAGAUUGUGGGGCCCUCUGGAUAUUUGCUGUGACGGACUGGCGAGAGGAGAUUUUGACAGAGCUGAGGCGUUGGAAACUGCUCUAAAAAGCGGGAGCGGUGCGUUUCUCCAAGACGUGCUUGGCUCGGAAGGAGGAACCUUGCCUACCAGGCUAUUCAUCGACUGGUACCUCUGCGAGCAGAGGGCUGACGACCUCAACGUUUUCUUAGCGGAGACCUUUCCAGGAGCAGAACUGGUCGAGAGGCCGACUUUGUUCUCAUGCCGGUACAAGAUUCCCUACCAGGAUGGGAUGAAACUUGCAGACGUCUUCGAACAUUUCGAAGCUGCCAAGGCCAAGCUCGGUCUUGCUUCGUAUGCUGUGGGACAGACGACGCUGGAGCAGAUAUUCAACAGCUUCGCCGUUACCAAGGACAACCCUGAGGUUAGGCUGAGACAGACAAACGAGAGCGAAGAUGUUGUGUAGAUGUCGAUGGAGAGAUGAACGAGUAUAGAAGACAAACGGGAAGGUUAGGGCUAGGGUCCAAACAAACCCUGAGAAUUCGCAUAUAGUGGAUGGAGCAAGUAUUUCGGUGCACCACCACUGUCGAGAAAGAAAUAGAACGGCUGCCAACGGAAAGACGAGUAACACGGGGGGGCGGAUAUCUGAUUUUGUAUGCCGGGUUCUGUGGGGAUUCGU